AUGCCUCUCACCAUCAAGCAGCACAGGAAGAUCAAGAGAGUUGAGUGCGUGCGCGGUGAAGCCUGUCACCCCUACGAGCCGUUCAAAUGCCCAGGGGAUGGCGCCUGUAUCUCCAUCCAGUACCUAUGUGACGGCGCGCCGGAUUGCCUGGAUGGAUAUGACGAAGACUCAAGGCUCUGCACAGCUGCAAAGCGACCACCGGUGGAGGAGACGUCCAGCUUUCUUCAGUCUUUGCUGGCGAGCCACGGACCGAACUACCUGGAGAAACUCUUCGGCAGCAAGGCGAGGGACGCCCUGGCUCCUCUGGGAGGAGUGGACAAGGUGGCCAUCACGCUCUCUGAAUCGCAAACAAUCGAAGACUUCGGAGCAGCUCUGCACCUGAUGCGUUCGGACCUGGAACACUUGCGCUCCGUGUUCAUGGCAGUGGAGAACGGGGACCUCGGCAUGCUCAAGAGCCUCGGCAUCAAGGACUCGGAGCUCGGAGACGUCAAGUUCUUCUUGGAGAAACUCGUCAACACUGGCUUCCUCGACUAAUUCCUCUCUGGCCGACCCCUAGUUUAGACCUUAGACUAAACAUAUUUAUACAGAAGAUAGAUUUACAGAGGAAUCCGUGCAGAAAUCAUUCAUCAUCAUCUGUGUUUUGUCUGUUUCCAUCAUUUCAAAAGUAAAUUUUGGAUUGGCAGUUUCUUCCCUCUGUCAAUCUAACCAACAAUAUUUUGCGUUUAGCAAACUGGUUCGAUUCUGAAAAAUGUUUUAUGUGAAUAUAGAACUGAAGGUAUUUUAAAUCAAAAUUGUUUAAUUUUUAAUUACGAUCAGUUUGUAUAUAGGUACAAAACGUUAGAUGGAAAUCGUUUCGGAUACCAAGUUUUUCUUUAUGUCCACAUUUUUGUACAAGUGGAACUAUGAAUGUGGGACUAAAGGUUAAUUAAUUACUGACUCUCAGUAAAUAUGGAAUAUCCCUUUAAUAUGAAACCUUUUAGAUUUGAAACCGUAAAGGUUGAGUUUUAUUUAUCAUAUACUUUAUUUUAAAAGCUCAACUGCGAGGCUGUUGGUAAGUAUAAUUCUAGUAGCAAUAAAUGCAUUUGCUUGAGCUAUAUAUCAUCGCGGGAUUUUUUUUCUUUUUUCAUCUCAUUUUUUUAACAAAUUUAAGAGAGUUCUUAAUAUAAAAACAUCUUGCUUAUUGAAUAAAAGCAGCAAGUUAAAUGGAUUAUAUGCAGUAUACGAUUACUGUAGUUAAUUUUAAACUAUUUUGAUAAGUUGAAUAAUCAAUGUCUAAUCAAUAAUCAUAACAACAGAAACAUAUCAGGCCUAUGGUGUCAUUAAGUGAUGGAAGCUAAAUGUGCGUAUUUUAUAAGUAAAUUUAUAAUAUUUUACACUUAUACAUUCGUGUCAUCUGUGAUUUUAUAGACUUUAGACUUUCAAAAAACAUAUCAUUGAGUAAUAGGCUAAACUAGUAUUAAAAAUACAUAUCAUUAAAUGUAACAAGGUUUUGAUCAAGUAUACUUUAUUAAUUUUAUCUAUACCUUAAGAUCUUGGAAUAUUUCAGAACUCAUGAUUGUUACAAGAAUUUUAAAAGUACUCAGUUAUACUUGUUCCAAUUACAAAAGAUGUUAAAAUUGUACUAUGCUAUUGUUAAAUAUGAUCAAACUGGUUAUGUUUGAUUUAUUUCAACUCUAUUUGCUACGAUUUUACGUAUGAAGUUAGUUUUAAUUCAAGGUCUUCAAGGUUAAUUAUUUAUGUUCUUUAUAUUAUUAAUAUAGUAUUAGUAUCUGACACGUUUUUUGUGGUCAGCUCGCUUUUCAUAUAAAGUUUUUGAGUUUAUUGCCCCUAUCUACACUGCAUGUAUUUUAAAAGCAGCAUGUUUUCAAACAUUUCUGCAAUUUUAGAUGUUUUGCUGGCUGUUAACUUUGAGGUUAUGUUCGCCGAAAUGUUCUGCUGUUUUGGAUACAUUUUGCUGGCGGUUAACUUUGAGGUUAUGUUCACUGAAAUAUUUAUGCUAUUUCACAUAGGUUUUGCUGGCCGAUAACUUUGAGGUUAUGUUCGCCGAAAUGUUUCCGUUAUUUCACAUAGGUUUUGCUGGCCGAUAACUUUGAGGUUAUGUGCGCCGAAAUGUUUCCGCUAUUUUACAUACGUUUUUCUGGCCACUAACUUUGAGGUUAUGUUCGCCAAAAUGCUUCUGCUAUUUUAAAUACGCUUUUGCUGGCCGUUAACUUUGAGGUUAUGUUCGCCGAAAUGUUUCCGCUAUUUCAGAUACGUUUUGCUGGCCGUUAACUUUGAGGUUAUGUUCGCCGAAUUAUUGCCGAUGUAUAACUCAGGCAAACCGACCCCGAGGCCCGGACGGACGCGAGCCCCCCGCCAGCGCCUGGCCUCGCCCCCCCCUCGCCACGAGGCUUCAAAAUUUCACUUUUCUAGUGUAUUUUUGUAAAUAUAUUGAUUCCGUUUAUUCACCGACUUGAUGGUGUUAGUUAAUGUGUGUCCUGUUGGAAGUUUAACCACUCGACGUCACCGUACAUUGAGGAGCAAGGGCGGACGGUGCUCCUGGGUUCAACUCCCCCCCCCCACAAUCCCCUCCAGACCUGGACUAUUAGAAGGAUAGAGAUGGAUGCGAGCGAGACAGAAAGCUGUAGGCGUUGCAUCCUUGCAAGAAGUGACAUAUGAGGAGAAUAUCUAUUAAUCCUACCAUUCCUACCGUUCAUUUCAUAACUCCUAGAAGACUAGUCUUAAAAUAUUUUCCCUAUUAAAAAUUCAUUUCAUAAUCAUUAAUUCUACUAUGUUCCAUCCUUAUGGGCUGUUGAGUAUUUUUUGGAGAGUCUGUAGUACUCGCGAUCAAUUGGAAAUUUCAGAAGAGGGCGAUAAAUGGAAAAGUUAUUUAAUGACUAGCCUCAAACACCUCUUUUCAGUCAGAACCCGGUUAUUAUUUUGCCAUCCUCCCUUCUAAUGACCAAACUUGUAAUGACGGUUAGCUGGAUUUGUCUCCACCAAUGACAGUGAAGCUAUCGCACCCACGGUAAUGCACAGUCACGCGAUAUGAUUUGUAGUAACUUUGCUAGCGUUGUGUAUUGUGUUUGUAAAUCGAGCGGUGUUCAACUCAUAUCGACUUGUAUUGUCAACAUAUCACUAGAUGUAUGUGUUAACUCGUCUGUGGUUUCAACAUAUCAAUUUAGGGUAAGCGUAGACUAGCUAAGAUACAUAUCAUUAUGAAUAGAUGGAUAGAGAUGGAAGUGUUUUGGAAAUUGAUAUACUGUGUCUUAUUAGCUCUUGCAAGUUGCUGUUCAUCACAUUUUUAAUUUUGUUUGUUUAAAUAAUAAUCUUUUAUAAAGUUGUAUAAACAGAGUUUGAGCAAGACACGCUUUCAUAUUUUUAUUGUACAGUUUAAGUUAAUUUAAAUCCUGUCACUCUUUCUGGUAUGUAUGCAUAUAUAAAUGUUGACAGCCUUCAACAUGUACUACAGAUGAAAAAUAUGAUAAAUAAUCAACAUAUUGUUUCCAUUUCCAAAAUGUUUUAUAUAUUUAAAUAUUUUUAAAUUGAGUUUAUAUAUUUCUGUACUUAAACUUAACUGCAAAGUCGCUAUUACGAAACACAUUUAUUAAGGUGCGGGUGCUUUUGAAGAGCAUCUUUAAUUUAUUUGGUUCUUAGCAUAGAAACGAUAGGAAUAUCGUAUCAUUUAUGUAAUUGCUUAGCUCUAUUUACUUCAUUUAUUAAUUUUAAUGUUAAUUUUUAAUUACACAUAUUGUAUAUCACUUUCCAAAACUCAAAAUGGCUCUGAUUUGUUACGCUUUUCUGUUUACUAUAUAUUAUAAUAUUGUUGUACUUUUUGUGAUAUUUUUCAAAUAUUAGGAUGGAUUUGUAGUAAUUAUGAUCUAAAUUGUUCUACAUUACAUUAACGUUUUGAUAAAGAUAUAUGUAAAAGAUAUCUAGCUUAUAAUUUACCUGCAUUUGUAACAUUCUCUUUUACGAAAAAAUACACGAUAUAUUAUUUUAAAAGAAUUUUAAAAGGUUCAAAUCAAUGCAUAAAGAUUUGUUUAUUAUAUUUUCUUUUCAUAUGCGAUAUGCAGAUCUAGUUGAUUUUUUAUAAUUAAAAAUUUGGUGAAUACAUUUUUUUUUAAUUUUUCCAACACUCUUCUGAGUAUAUAAAUUUGUACGCCCCAAAAUAAGCUCAAUGAUCUAGAAACAACGAAUCAAAACAAUUUAUUAAAAAUGUAUGUAACACACAAUAAACUAAUUUAAUAACUUCAUAAACAGAAAAGCGAAACGAUAGCUCUGUUUUGAACGAAUGUUGAGGCCAUCUCUCUGAUUAGGCCUAUUUCUUGUAUUUUUGUAUUCACAAAUAAUAUAUUGGCUGUUGCUUCAUAUAUCUAUGUACGUUCAGAUAAUUUUAAGAAAUGACUAUUUUCUUGAUCAUCUAUGUAUUUAUAAAUAUCGACGUGUAUUUUAUGAGUGUGUAUUUUACUUCUAUCUGUUAAGAGAUCACUGACCAUUGACUGACCCCGAUCACUCCACGAGCAGCUUUGUGUGUAGUGGUUGUAGCCCUCGUAUGGAAGGGCCCCACUAGGCCCAAGGCCCCCGGGGCCCCUGGACCGUGCCGCCCUUGCCCCAAGCAAGACACCAACGCCCCCGUCUACAUCCAUAGUCUUAUUCUGUUCCGUAGUUCAGAGUUGACCCGAUGUAUAUUUUGCCAAUAAAGUCAUUAUGUUUACA